AUGGUUCUCCUCCUUGGAGCUUGCCCAGAGUAUGGUUGCUUGGUCUAUGAGUACAUGGCUAAUGGGAGCUUGGACGAUUGUCUGUUCCGGCGUGGUAACACCCCAGUUAUUCCUUGGCAGCUAAGGUUCCGAAUUGCUGCAGAAAUUGCGACAGGGCUUUUGUUUCUUCAUCAAGCCAAGCCAGAACCCCUUGUACACCGCGACCUAAAACCCGGCAACAUCUUGCUAGACCAUAACUAUGUGAGCAAGAUCAGUGAUGUAGGUUUGGCUAGGCUUGUGCCUCCAUCAGUAGCCGACUCUGUCACUCAGUAUCACAUGACAUCAACGGCCGGAACAUUUUGCUACAUCGACCCAGAGUAUCAGCAAACCGGCAUGCUUGGAACAAAAUCUGAUAUUUACUCACUUGGGGUCAUGCUUCUACAGCUAAUAACAGCCAAGCCACCAAUGGGGUUGACGCAUCAUGUCGAACGGGCUAUUGAGAUGGGGACUUUCGCUGAGAUGCUUGACCCUGCAGUCCCUGAUUGGCCUACCGGAUCUUGCCAAGGUUGUGCUACCUGA